UCCUGUUAAUCUGAACAAAUCUGAGGACAACACUACCAAAAUGGGUUUCUUGUGGCCAUGAGUGCUGUGCAAACUCAGAAAUAGUGACUUAAUGAAGCUGGUUUAGAGUUGUGUCAUUCUUUCUGUUAUAGUUCUGCAUUCAUUUUUACUACAGACACCACUGAACUACUUGUUUUUGUUGGAUUCCAGUGACUUUAGGAGUAUUUUUUUCUUUGAAGCAUCAUUGUAUGUUUGCUCAUGGAAAAAUCAUGAUCAGGUGAAACUGUGCUUUACUCCCCCUGCUGGAAGAAAUGUGUACAGUUGGACUUCAACUGGCCACAAGGUGUUAGUGAUUAACCCUUCCUGUCAAACCAGGAGUCUCAGCAGCAGGACGAAGUGCAGACAGAGCUGAACCUGCUAAACUAUUGGAUUAUUAAAGAGCAGGUUCAGCUGUUUUACCCAUUUCUGAGAAUCAGCUUUGACUUUACAGUCUAUCACAGAGAUGGAUGCCUUUGAGGGGAUUCACAGCGUCCAGCUUUCCUCCUCUCCACCGUCUUCAGCCUCAGCCAGUCCAAGUUAUGAGGUCCUGAAGGCAGGGAGGUCAGGAAUAGCAGUUUAUUCCUCUGCAGUCUUCUUUGGGAAGCCUGGAGGACGGCCAGCUGCCAGACAUACGUCAAGUAGGAGAACUGAGGAGGAAGUCUGUGCUGUUGGACGGUUGGUAGAUCUGGAUCCAGAGCCAGAAUCCCGAGUGGAGGGAGGAGGUGGAGGUGGAGGAGGCCAGACGGGGUCCACCUCAGACAGAGACCAUGGAGGCCUCUCCCGACUUCGGAGUUCCUCGCUGGAAAUCAGAGAAAAAGAAAUCCGAGAAAAGGGCUCGGAGAUCCUCAGGGAACAGCUGGACGCUGCAAAAAGGGAACUGAAACUAAAAGACAAGGAAUGUGAGCGUCUGUCGCAGGUCAGGAAUCAGCUGGAACAGGAGCUGGAGGAGUUGACCGCCAGUCUGUUUGAGGAAGCUCAUAAGAUGGUGCGUGAAGCUAAUGUCAAACAAGCGGCAGCUGAGAAACAGCUGAAGGAGGCUCAGGGGAAGAUUGAUGUUCUACAAGCAGAAGUGACAGCACUAAAAACUCUAGUGCUGACCUCGACACCAUCUUCACCAAACCGUCAGCUACAUCCACAGCUCCAGUCUCCAGGUACCAGGGGAGCGUACAAACAUGUUGGGGGCCACAUUCGCAACAAAAGCGCUAGUGGGGCCCUUCCAUCUUUACCUGGAAAACCAGAGCCGUCCUCGGUUUCCAUUCAGCCUCCGGCUAAAGAGGACAGAGAGCCUGCUGUUCCUGCUCUCCUUUCUCUGAUUCUCUGCCUUGUUCCUGGACAGUCUGUCAGUAUGACCUCUGACCCUUAUUGUCAGGAGCAGGGGGAGGGGCUAGGGAUGGAUGUCAAACAGAUGGAUUCAGUUCUGUUUGCAGAGUUUUUGGCAUGGAAGGAACAUCCGAGUCUGGACCAUUCCUCUGCCUUCCUGAGUCGAAUCUACAGAGAAGACAUUGGGCCGUGCCUCUCCUUCACAAGAUCUGAGCUAUCUCAGCUGGUGCAGAGCGCAGUGGAAAACAAUUCCCUGACUAUUGAGCCUGUGGCCAUGUCAGCGUUACCAAUGGUUAAAGCCUCGGCCAUAGAGUGUGGAGGCCCUAAUGGCUUUAGGGCAGCAAUAGAGACAAAAUGUGCAUUAAGUGGUAUGUCCCGCCUCUGCCGACAUCGAAUCAAACUUGGUGAUAAGGGGAGCUACUAUUACAUCUCUCCUUCCAGCCGAGCACGAAUCACAGCUGUUUGCAAUUUUUUUACUUAUAUCCGCUACAUCCAGCAGGGCCUGGUGAGACAUGAUGCGGAGCAGAUGUUUUGGGAGGUGAUGCGUCUCCGGAAAGAGAUGACAGUGGCCAAGUUAGGUUUCUACCUCACUGACCAGGGCUAGAGGACCUGACAGUCUUCUGCAGGACCCAACAGGACAGCAUGAUCCCAGGACACUGAAGACCCACAAGUCUGGGUUUAACUGUGGUAACAAGAGGUUCCUGGAUCAGGUUUUGUAGCUGAGUCUUUACAGCUGUAACGCUGUAGCAGAAGUCGGACAACAAGGGAAAGAGGAAAUGUUUGAAAACCACUUCUGGAUAUGCAACAAGACAAUUAAACCAGCACUUGACAAAGAGGUCAAAUAACAUGAUUUAAAAAUGAGCUCCUCCAAGACAUGUCAUAUUAGAUUUGUUUUAUUUGUCUCUGUGGCCUCAGAAACUGCUGUCCUCCAGAGUUUUUUUUACAGCAUGUAGAACUGUUUUAUUUUUCAUCUUGCCUCCCUGGUGGAGUACACACAGCUUCUCAUGUGUUAUACAGAACAUCAUCAGACAGUCUGUUGAAAAGAUGAACACAGUUCAGGAUGAACGCUGACAAGACAGUCUUUUACCUCUGUUACUGCAUAGUUAAAACAGAUCGACUGUGUAUUUGACACAAAACAGUGAUUUGACUUUUUUUUUUUUUCUAAUGCCCAGUUCAGGCCAAAGAUUUGGAACCAGAUAAAACUGGUUUAGGAUGUUGGAGGGAAAAGGUGACAGUGAUCAGGCCCAUCUCAUAAACUGGCCGAUGAUAAUGCCCGCAACUCAAGUUGUCCAAGGAACAUAGAGGAAAAACAGUAUAUAACACUAUGGGUUGUAGCUCCUUUAUUGCUGUAGAAUGCAGCUUUAUUAAACUGGUGAAAUUCUGUUUCAUCUAAACACAAAAAAGUUCUGGGAAAACCAACUCUUUUUAAAAAAAAAUCUUUUUGCUGUUUCAUCUACAAAUGCAAUACUAGUAAAUCAUUUCUGAUUCCUAUUUUAAAACACUACCAGCAACAAAACAGCCCGAAACGCUGACAGAAUGGAAAUACAUUUAUGAAAAUGUUUUCACUGUGAUGACAAUUUUACAUGGUCUGAUCUAGUGACAUGGGUCUAAAUUGGCAGGUUAAGACGUGAAGGUCAGUGUGUCACUUUGUGAAUCUUUGGACUCUACUGGGCUUCACCUUAUGCUCACUAGCACCUUUGAUUUUUUUUUUUUCCCUUAAAUACCACAGCAGAGACAUUUUGUCCCAGCAUGGCCUUAUUUCUGUUUAUGCACAUCCUUUUCCAGAUGCCUUGUAUAAACACAAAGCUUCUUAAUCACCUGGCCUUGACUUUAUAAUCACAUAUAGUGUCAGUGAAUUAGCGAUUCCAUCAGUAAGAUCUUCACAUGUACUCAGAAGAUGACCAAGCUUUAACACAGGUGAUGUAAAAGCAAUAUGCAACUGUAGUUUUGCACGUCUGCAAUCAACAGUAUGUACAAAUAAGCCAUAAAUGACUAUGCAUGAAUGCAGUAAAUGGCCAUUAUAUGCAUUUAUUGGUCGUACCUCAUAGUGUAGAUUUAAUAUUAUUAAUGUCCAGUUUUUACAGAAGAUGGUAAAUAUGAAGAAUAUUAUAUCAAAGUGCAAUAACUGCUUCUUAGCCUUAUUUUGGGCUUGGAGUUUCCUAACCUCAGCAUACUGAUAAUUAUGUGUCAUUCAGUGUAAACACUCCAUUAAAACAGAGGCGGUGUAGUCUGA